AAUCAAAGCACUCAUUCAAAUAUGAGUAGUUACCUCUAUUUUCUUUUGUUCAAUUUUGUAUAAAAAAAUUAAACCAAAAAUAUUUCCCAUUCAAGAAACCAAGAAACUAAAAAACCAAAAAAUAUAUUAAAAAUGGCUGGAAAAAAUACCAUAUUUGUUGUGGAAACAAUUAUCAUAACAUUUCUUUGUUUCAAUAUUAUUGGAGUAUUUUCUGAUGAUUUAGUUCCAAUUCCAGCUGAUAAAUCACAAUUAAAUAGUUGGUUUGAAGCAAAUGUUAAACCAUUAGAUGCAAGAAAAGACACUUUAGACCCUGCCCUUGUAGCUGCUGAGGCUAAUAAAACUAUUAUUAAGGUGAGGACAGAUGGAAGUGGUGAUUUCAAGACUAUGACAGAAGCUGUUAAAAGUAUUCCAGAAGGGAAUAAAAGAAGAGUUAUUAUUUGGAUUGGAGGUGGAAAUUACACUGAAAAAAUCAAAAUUGAGAGAACAAAGCCUUUUGUUACAUUUUAUGGAGACCCUAAAAAUGUCCCAAAUAUUAUAUUUCAUGGAACUGCAAAAGAAUAUACUACUGUUGACAGUGCCACUGUGAUUGUUGAAUCUGAAUAUUUCAAUGCUGUUAAUAUCAACUUCGUGAAUACAGCACCAAGACCAGAUGGGAAAAGUGACAAAGCUCAAGCAGCAGCAUUGAGGACAGGAGGAGAUAAAGCCUCAUUGUAUAAUUGUAAAAUGUUUGGAUUUCAAGAUACUUUUUGUGAUGACAGUGGAAAACAUUUCUUUAAAGAUUGUUAUAUUGAAGGCACUGUUGAUUUCAUCUUUGGCAAUGGCAAAUCCUUAUAUCUGAACACAGAGACACAUGUAAUUCCAGGGGAUCCAAUGGCAAUGGUGACAGCACAUGCAAGGGCAGCAGAAAAUUUUGAUAGUGGAUUUUCUUUUGUACAUUGUAUGAUUACUGGUACUGGAAAUACAGCAUAUUUAGGAAGGGCAUGGAAACAAUACUCCAAAGUUGUUUUCUCUUAUACUGAUAUGACUGAUGUUAUUCACCCUGAAGGAUGGUCUGAUUUUGGCAAAAAAGAAUUUGACAGCACGGUAUAUUAUGGUGAAUACAAGUGUAAAGGAGCAGGAUCAACUUUGGAUAAAAGAGUUCCAUUUACAAAGAAAUUAAGUGAUGAAGAGGCAAAACCUUUUAUCUCCCUUGCUUAUAUUGAAGGCUCCAAGUGGCUACUUCCUCCUGUGACACUUUAAAUAUUUGAAGUAUUAUGUCGUGGUGCUAUUUUAAAGCACUUAUAAAAUUUUGAUUUUCAUUUAAUUUUUUGUUAAAUAAUUUCUUAGUUUUUCAUGUGUCUAUCCUAAUUUUGUAAAGGAAUGGCAUGUCAUUCCUUAAUAUCUAGGGAACUAUUUGCAUCUAUGUUGUACUUCUUUUUCGUAUCAAUAAAUCGAUAGGGGUUAAGUCAAACCCCAUUCACGAUCGAUCA